AUGGCUGCCAACAACAUACUGGUCUUCAACAUUGUCGUUUUAUCAUCAUUCAUAAUAGCCCUAACGGAGGCAUCCUCACCCUCCUCACCACAGUUACGGCGGCAGAACUACUCAUUGAAACGCCACCACCUCAUUGGCAGAAGACGAACUCAAGACGAUGCAGAAAAUGUCGUCAAGAAUAAUGAUACUACUACUAGUAGUAGUACAACUCGCAAUAUUACCUUUGCGCUCAUCCCCAAGACCAUUGACAAUCCCUUCUUUGACGUAAGCCGGGAUGGUUGUAUGGAUGAAGCGGAACGAAUAGGAGGAGGCGUCACAUGUAUAUAUCCUGGUCCGGCCACGGCCAGUGUGGACGAGCAAGUCAAUUUGAUUCGUUCCUUGAUUCAAAACAAAAGCGUCGAUGGGAUUGCCGUCUCGGCCAUUGAUGCGAAUGCGCUUGUGGAAGUGAUAGAAGAAGCUACUUUGGCAGGAAUUCCAGUGGUGACCUUUGAUAGUGAUGCAGCUCAAACAAAUCGAGUAUCCUACAUUGGAACCGACAAUGAGGCCUUUGGGGAACGUCUCGGGAAAGUUCUGAAACAGAUUCAGCCGGAGUCUGGAACCUUUCGAAUGGUGUCAAUUCCAGAGCCAAACAUUCUUCAGAGAGAAAGGGGGACUCGAAGAAAGCUGUUAGAGGAGGGAUGGUUGGAAGCCGGGGCACCCUCCAAUAUGAUGGGCAACUCAACCUUGGUAGUGGAACAAAUGUUCCAAUUUAUGCAAGAGGACCCAACUUUGACUGCCAUUGUACCAGUCAUGGGAGCAGGGAUGCGGUCUCCCAUAUGGCAUGAUUUUGUCAUGGCAUAUCCAGACGUAUUGUUGGUAGUUGCCGAUGCCAUGCCAAAUCAAUUGGAAUAUUUGAACCGAGCCUAUUGCAAUGGUUUGGUCGGUCAAUUGCCCUAUGAAAUGGGAGCCAGAAGUAUUCAAGUGCUACAUGAUUUGUAUACCGGCAAGAGUGAUCCAGCAGAAGUGCCACAAUUUAUUGCCACCAACGUACUCGAGCACUUGAGGAUACCUCUGGAACUACCACCACUUGUCAAGGAUUACAAUUUGGUGGGCGAGCUUCGAUAUGUUGGAUAUGCACUCUUUGGUAUAGUGGCUACCAUGGCAACAAGCUUUAUGGGAUGGGCCUUUGUGCACCGGCGUAUGCGUGUGGUCAAAGUGGCGCAACCUCAAUUUCUAAUCAUGGUAGCCCUUGGAUCGCUCAUCAUGUGCUCGGCCAUUCUUCCGCUGGGCUUUGACGAUGCCACCUCACAAGUCUCGGACCAUCCAGGAAUUACCGUUUGCAUGACUCCAGUGUGGUUAUUGAUCGUCGGAUUCAGCUUGACAUACUCUUCCCUAUUUGCAAAGAUCUAUCGAGUCAACCUAAUCUUUAAAAGUGGUGAACGAUUUGCAAGGGUUCAGAUGAAAGAGAGGGAAGUUUGGAUUCCUCUUACUAGUCUUUUGCUAGCAAAUGGAGUCAUCUUAUUAACUUGGACGUUGAUGGAUCCACUAAAGUACACUCGAUUGGACGAAGAAGGCUUGGAUGGUUGGGAUCGACCAAUCAGCAGCUACGGGACAUGUCAAUCCGAAAACUCUGUGCCUUACUUGGUUCCAUUGGGGAUUCUCAACGGUGUGGUGCUGUUGUUUGCAAACUGGUCAGCGUAUGAAGCAAGAUCAAUUAGCAGCGAAUUUGCCGAGAGUAAAUACGUUGCCAUGGCCAUGGCAAGUCUGUUUCAGGCUCUCAUCAGCGCGGUACCAGUCUUGUUCCUAGUCCAAGGGUCACCACAGGCAUUCUACAUGGUGUUUGUAUUCAUGAUUUUUGUCAUGUCCUCUGCCAUCAUUUUGCUGAUAUUCAUUCCAAAGGUAGUCGCCUACUAUGAAUUCAAGAAUCAGCCAGCCCAUCUGCAGCAGCAAGCCAUUGAAAGAUCCAUCCGAGAUUCUGGCAAAAAGAUGCGACGGAGCUCCGUAUUUCGGUAUUCUUCUUGGAGAUUGGAGAGUGAUCGCGAGAUGCUCUCUACGUUAGAUAAUGAGAGCAGCCCGGAGUUGACGACCCAUCAUAACUUUCAACAAGGUUCUUCAGGAGGGGUAUCGGAAUCUUUCAUCCGCGCCUCAGACGAUGGACAAAACAAGAGUUCCCAGAUGGGUCGUCCUUUCGCCGACUCGAGCGAAGCCCUCACAGUAUCGUCUUGGCCAGGGGAAAGCAACAAACCAACAACUGGUGGUGAGAGACAAACCAUUAGUAGUAUUAGUGGUAGUGGUAGUAGAUCCGGAUUGAUGAGUGGAACGAGAUCGCAGCACUUGACCGCCAGCAGUCAGUCGGUCGCAAUGUCACCCGUCGCAGAAGACGGGAGUUCCAACGAGGAGCGAAAAGUGAUACGAAUCGAAUCCACAAAAUCACUCAAAAUGAAAUCACUCUCGGACGUGGACGACGACGCGGCAACCAAAAAGACGGUACUUCCUAUUGCAAUGAAUACGGUACUUCCUAUUGCAAUGAAUAAAUCGCUGUCGCUGUCGUCCAUGACCGAAAUCAUGGAAAGGAACAGGGCAAUGUGGAGUAAGUCUCUCAACACAAAACAAGUGUCGGAAACAGACUUGGCAAAUAACAAGAAGAAGAAGGAUAGCGAGGCGGAAGGCAAGCAUCCGAUGAAGAUGACAAUAAUAGAGACAAAAGACAAAUCAGGUGGGAAGAUGAGUCGAAUGAGUUCUCGGAUGAGCUCAGACGAUGAUUCGAUAUUAAGUGCCUAA